CGCGCAUCUACUACUAGUAGUUGGAAGUGGAGGGUGUUAAGUCAUGAUUGCACCCACCGUGUCUCUCGUCAAAUACGACGCUCCUGUGCCAGUCUCCAACAUCAAAAACAAUACUGGAGAGUCAACUGUGUUGUCUCACGGUGCACAGGCUGGCACCUCGUGCAGUAUUGCUUUUUCCGCCGGACGCGCUCAGUCGCUACCUCUAGACGCUCAUCAAGAAUGUCAACAGACGGAGGAAAUCUUGAACUCCAUGUUUCCGCCACUAGAAUGGAUCGACGAGGGACAAAGUUGGGUGCAAAGCGUUUCCACGUCACCGGCUACUAGACAGGAUGUUGUCAAACUAGAGGAAGAAUUUAACUUGAAACUCUAUGAAUUUCAUGCCAAAGAGAGUGGAAUAUGUUCUUUGAGAAGGAAGUUGUACUCACAGUGCUUUGAUGAAUUGAUCAGACAAGUGACUAUCGACUGCACAGAGCGAGGACGUUUGUUGCUGAGAAUACGUGAUGAAAUUCAGAUGACCAUCGAUGCAUAUCAAGCACUGCAGGAGGAUGUACCUCGAGCUCAACGAAGUGUGCAAGACAAAACAGAUACUGAGAAGCUGGAUGAAGAUGACAUCACUAACGUACGUGCUGAAAAACGUGGCUUUAAAAAACCAGGCAGUUCAAUCCUUGAUGGCCACUUUACCCCAGAUGUUACCAAACCGGCUGGAAAUGCCCAGAAGAGAUCAGAAACCAAUGGUCCAAUACAUCCUUGUGUACAUCAGCGUAAUUACAAUUCAGUGGGUGAGGCUCUUUAUGUAACAAUGGAUGACCCAAGACGACAUCGAAAGCCAAAGCCGCAUUCAGAUCUCAAAGGAAGUGAUACUAAAGAACCCGCUUCAUGUAUUGACAGAACUGAAAUGCGUCCAAGUUAUAGAGUCGAUAGUGAAGAUACAAAGAUGGCUUCCAAUUCUUUUGCCUUUUGUGUUCCUCCCAGCAUCUCUCAUCAGGUCGCUUCGAACUCUCACAACUCUAAGAAAUUCAAUCGUCAAGUUACAGUCAUAUCAGCAGAAACGUCUGAGUUGAAUAUGAAAGAUAUUUUGACACAAACAAGAUGCGACGAUUCGAAUGCGGCGAAACCACCGCCAAUACCGAGUCGAGAAACAAAACCAAAUAGUAAGCUGCGACGACGACCAGCUGAUAGAGAAACAACAUCAAAUGGUCUAUCAAGGUUGGAUGAAUGUGAGUCGCAUCGCUUGUCUGAUCGCUUCGAUAUGGCGACAGAAAGGGAAGGAAGGCGGUUGUCGUCGUUGAGUGAACACUCGUUUGAUCAUGGUCAACCUCCUCCGCUUCCGUCUCGACACAAAUCUCAUAGUAUGACUGACAAUCUACCGACUCGUCCACAUUUACCAACACGAAAGUACAUAGCAGCACAUCGACCACACCAACUGACUCGAAGUGCUUCGUUUAGCAUACAAUCAUCGACGUAUCUAUUAUCACCAGUUCAAUAUGCGAAUUCCCAAUCAUCAGUUUUUCAUUUAGAAAUGCAAAGGGAUUUGCCAACUGAUGAUGAGACUCCUCCUCCAGUCCCCAUUCGGAAAUACUUAGAGGCCGUUGAUGUGGACUGUGUCCCACCCGUGCCUAUGUCUCCUCCUCAUUCACAAAUUUGGAAACGUACCUCUCCUGAUGUUGAAAUUCCAGAUUUGGAACGUCCUCCUUUACCACAACGCUCAGUAGAGCCCCCAGCAUUGCCACGACGGUCGUCAUUCUGUGGACCAUCAUCACCCAAGCAAAACGGUUACGAACAACGUGAUGUACCACCAAGACCCCCAUUUACAUUUACAAAAGGAUAUCAUUCUAAAAAGCAUGAAAAAAUGUUGGACGCUGAACAUCACGACUAUUUCGAGAUCAGCGAUGAUAACACUUAAUGCAACAGACAUGUGGAGAUCCAGUCAAGUGGCACUUGAAUGGUGUUCAUUCAAUGUGAUAAAUGACACGACUUUGCUGUACUUUAGUGACUAACUUGACUUUGAGUCGUGAGUUGCUAUGCUGUGGUGUGUUAAUUAAUCGUGCAAUAAAUUUUAUCAAAAUUGAUGUGUACACUAGAGAUACUAUUGUAUAAUGAUUGUAAAGCAGAGCGUAUGUUUAAGAAAUGGUUUGAGUGUUUGGAGUGUUAGUA